AUGCCAUUGGGGGGGAACGCCAGAUGCCUGACCAAAGAUGGCGAAAACGCUGUGUUUGGACGACUCUGCCCAACCGAUAACUUGUCCACACUGGCUUUUCAAAUGCUGUCCGAAACCGAAAACAUCAAGACCGACUCUGUGCCAGAAUGUGUGAGCACACGACUUGGGGACCACUGGCCGCCAAACAGCCAGUCCCUCUUCUUCCCAAAGGCGUCUCUGCUGACGAAGGACCUGCGAGUUCAGUGGGGUGAGGAACAGCGCCGGGAGGAUGGGCUGCGCCAGUUGGUUUCUGACUGUGAGCGGAGCUCUGACAAAGUGAGCGGUGAGUUCCGCGUCGCGGAAAACGGAGUUCUGGGCCGGUCUCCAGCUCUCGCUCCCGAGUUUCCCGAGCAUCCUGUGCAGUCUGCUCUUCUGCCGCUAGCUCUGCAGUCGCCGGCCAAUUUUCUUGGACUGCGGAGAGGCUUCUCGCAGGCUGCCCACUUCGUAGUUCCACCUCUCAUCAGUCUUUUCGAAAAAGAUGCCCCGCACAUCCGGGUCGCCUUCCACGCUGCUGGGGUCGCAGCUCUUAGGGCCAAAGGCCUCGUUGUGCACGAGGAGGAGACCGCCGAAGGGAGCAUCAAGAUUUUGGGGUGGCAGUUUGAGGGCACUGUCAUGAGACCGUUGAAUCAUAGAGUGUGGCGCAUCCUCGCAAUCGAAUUCCUUUUGCGAAUCGGCAGCUGCAGUGGAAGGCAGCUUGAAAAUGUCCUCGGUCAUGCUUGCUUCAUUGGCUUGGGUCGGCGUGAGUCCUUGGCUGUCCUGGGUGAGAGCUACACGUUUGUUCAGAAACACUACGGGCACUCUCACAGACUAUGGCCUUCGGUACGUAGAGAGCUUCAAAUCUGGAUUGGGAUUUCGCCUCUGAUUUGGCGCGACCUCUCUGCACCCUGGGGUCGUCAGGUUACCUGCGUCGAUGCCAGCACGUGGGGACUGGGAGCCGUUGUUGCCGAUUUUCCUGCGAAGGACGUCCGGUCUUUGGGUCAAUAUUCUGAGCGCUGGAGGUUUGAGCUGCCGGAGUUUAAGUUCCCCAGAGCAUCAGUGUUUGGAGCCGCCGUCGGACUCGAUUCCGAGGAUAGUGCAAACCUGCAGUGGGCCGCCGUCGAUGCUGAAUCGCAGGAGCGGUUUGACACUGUCGAUCGCAUUUGGCGUGUGGUUGGUAGGUACAAGUGGCGUCGUCAGGAAGGGAUGCCAGUUCUCGAGGGUAGAGGCCGUGCCUUUGGGAUGAGAAGAGUUACGCAACAAGUUGCGGCGCUCUGCCUCUGCACUGGAUCCUCUGCUUAUUUCCGUUUCAUUCCUAGUGAGUGGAACGCGGCAGACGGACCUUCGCGAGGUUCGCUUUUCGCGUCGAAGCCUCAGCAAGUCCAUGGUGAUCCAUCGGCUUUUGCAGAUACCCACAACGACGAGGGCGGCCCCGCGACAAGGCAGCAGUUCAACAAGGCCCCGGACAGUGAAACCACAGUCCAAUCCUGUUCGAGCCAAGUGCAAAGAGCUCAAAAAAGCGGAGCGCCGUCAGCUGCGACCCGAGGGCAUGAGUCUGGCCGAGGCUUCAGUGAGCAGUGCAUGCAGGGCCCGCUAUCAAGCGUGCUGGAGAAGGGUGCCACUCAUCCGGCCAUCAUCGUAGACAGGGCUCUCUGCGAAGUGCUGGAGGACCUUUUCGACGAGGGGGAAGAUUUUUCACAGGCUCAGUUUACCAUGGCGGCGGUGCUUUUCUACCAGCCGGCGCUGUGGUCCCCGAAGCAAACGAACCUCCCACUGGCCAAGCAGACGCUGCAAGGAUGGCGAAAGCUCGAUCCACCGAAAAGCCGGCUGCCUCUCCCUUGGGAGGUCACCUGCCUUUUAGCCCAAGAGGCAAUGCAAUUGGGCUGCGUGGAGAUCGGGCUGUUCAUGCUGCUAUGCUUUGUGGCCUACCUGAGGCCAGGAGAGGCUACACGGCUUCGGGUUAUGGAUUUGGUUCGGCCGCUGGGGAGCCUGGCAGUUUGGUCCCUCAUACUUCAUCCCGCGGAGGUGGGAGUACCGUCGAAGACAUCGGAGUUCGACGAGACCGUGACCAUCGACAUUCAGCCGAUAAUCUUCGUAGCAACGGCCCUCGAGCACCACCUGGCCUUGAACACACGACCCCGGACAGAGCCAAUGUUCUCUGUCACUGUGGAGCAAGUUAGGGAGUUCAUGAAGAAAACCUUUGCCCGACUCAGAAUGGAAGAGGCGAUAGGAGAUCCUCACCCGUAUCGCCUUCGUCAUGGCGGUCCGAGCCGGGACAUAGCCAUGAAAUGGCGAACUCUCGCCGACGUGCAGAAAAGGGGCAGAUGGAAAUCUUUCAACUCAGUGAGGCGCUACGAGAAGGGAGGACGGAACUAUGUGCUCCCGGCAUUGUCCCCGCACGCAGUGAUCAACACCGCUGUCUUUCUGGAGAUCUUUUCAGGCGAAGGCGGCCUUUCCAAAGCCGUCCACAAGUGGUGUGGGCAUAACGUGCUCCUUUGGGACAUCCGUCUUGGCCCCGAGUAUGAUCUUCGGAGCCCGGUGAAAUGCGCCUCAUCUGUGAAUGGAUUCGGGGCGGCAGUAUUCUGGGGCUACACCUCAGCCCUCCCCGCGCAAGUUUUUCACAUGCUCGUGACGCUCCUCCAGGCCCACCUCCGCUUCGAAGUGAUUCUCGACCGCUAG